AUGCACACCCAAAGUGACGGUUCAGGCCUCCGACGCGACGGAAACAGGAACAUCUUACCACUGAAUGCACCUCCGCCUCCUCGCACAAGUGCCGCGCAUGGCGACUAUACACCCUAUCGCAACCGCCUAGAGUUCGAGCUCGCGGGCUUCCUGUUCAAGAAGGCCCAAAUGUCGGGGGCGAACAUUGACGAGCUGCUUGACCUCUGGGCUGCGUCGCUCAUCCCGUUCGGAGCUGAGCCACCCUUCGCAAAUCGUCAGGACUUGUACAAUAUUAUUGACUCAACAACGAUCGGCGACGCGCCCUGGGAAUCAUUCACCGUGCAAUAUACUGGCGAACUUCCGGAGGGCGAGGUUCCUGAAUGGAUGACCACUGAGUACCAAGUCUGGACGCGUAACGCACGCACCUUGGUACACUUCAUCACAGAGAACGUCGACUUUGAGGGUCAAGUAGACGUCGCCCCGUACAGGCUGUAUGAUAACGCAGGCAAGCGGUACUAUAUUCAUUGCUUAUCGGGCGAUUGGGCGUGGCGACAAGCGGAUAUCAUUGCGGCAGACACUGAACACGAUACAUACGGGGCGAUGUUCACACCAAUCAUCCUUGGGAGCGACAAAACCACUGUCUCCGUCGCUACUGGUCAAAACGAGUACUAUCCCCUGUACUUAUCAACAGGGAAUGUGCAUAACAACGUACGGCGCGCGCAUCGCAAUGCGGUGGUUAUCCUUGCUUUUUUAGCUAUUCCUAAGACCGAGAAGAAGCAUGCGCAGUCCAAAGCUUUCCGCCACUUUCGCCGACAGCUGUACCACAGCAGUAUCUCCGUCAUCCUCGAUCCAUUGAAGCCCUACAUGAGAGAGCCCGACUUCCUGCGGUGCUGGGACGGAUACUACCGCACGGCGAUCUAUAGUCUUGGGCCAUUCACUGGCGACUAUCCUGAACAGGCCUUGUGUGCGUGUGUUGUAUAUGGAUGGUGUGUCACGUGCCCGGGCGACCACAAGAAUCUUGACGAGGGAUUAUUGCAAGGGCGUCGGACGCGUGAGCAUACGGAGCUACUAAUCAAGAGUCUUGAUGAGAAAACACUGUGGGAGGAUUACGGCAUCGUUAGCGAUAUUAUCCCCUUCAGUAACGACCUCCCACGGGCAGACAUCCACGAACUGCUGUCUGGCGACAUCUUGCAUCAAAUCAUCAAGGGAUGCUUCAUGGAUCACCUCGUCACCUGGAUUGGCCAGUACCUCGUCAUAGUGCAUGGAGAGGCCAAAGCGAAGGAAAUCAUGGACGAGAUAGACCGACGCAUUGCGGCUGUACCGCCAUUCCCUGGGCUGCGCCAUUUCCACCAAGGCCGAGACUUCAAGCAGUGGACCGGCGAUGAUUCGAAGGCAUUGAUGAAGGUGUACUUACCUGCGAUCCAUGGCCUGCUUCCGCCCCGGAUCAUCCUGACAAUGAGUACUUUCCUGGACAUCUGCUACCUCGUUCGUAAGCCUAUCCAGACAGAAGACACAAUUGCCGAGGUCGAGCGUCUUGUCACGGAGUAUCAUCACCACCGAGAGAUCUUCCGGGAAGCAGGUGUGUGUCCCGACGGAUUCUCCUUCCCGCGGCAACACUCAGUAGCCCACUAUCCGCGCCACACACGCAACUUCGGCGCGAUGCUGGGGCUAUGCACGUCCAUCACCGAGUCAAAGCACAUUGUUGCUGUCAAGAAACCAUGGCGCCGUUCCAACCAUCACAACGCCCUCGGCCAGAUGCUCCUCACGAAUCAGCGACUCGACAAGCUCGCAGCCUCGCGCGUGGACUUCACCGCGCGUGGUAUGCUGGACGGCACCGUCCUUUCGCAGGCACUCAGACAGUCUCUGCAGCGGAUAGACAACGAGGCGGAGGGCUACGCAGAGGGCGAGGAAGUUGAAGAAGAAGACGUACCGGAACAGAGCACAGAAGAGCCACAGGCGGCACCAAGAAGCAUGCUUGAUGAUGAAGAACGAUCUUUUGCCGAGCUGGGGGUCUCCAUUGGCCAUCCUGAGCUACCCACGCUUGUCGCUCGCUUUCUCUUCUGGCAGCGUCAUCCCGACCACCUCGACGAGCCCUCAGAUUCUACCCUUGAACGCUAUGUCCAGCGCCUCACUGUCGGGACCCGAGUCUCUGUGUUUAACUCUGCGGUUGCCACGUUCUUCGCUCCGACAGAUGCUGCAGGCGAGAGCGGAAUGCGCCGCGAACGCAUCCGCGCAACGCGUUCGUGGCGAGGCUCGAAAUCCGGCCGCUAUGACUGUGUCUUCAUCAACAAAGAUGAAUCUCAGCUCGGUUUCCGUGCACUGCAUGUGGCUCGCAUACGCCUUCUGUUCUCCUUCCGGCAGGAGCAGGUGCUCUACCCUUGUGCACUGAUUCAGUGGUUUGUGCCACUCGGUGACGCACCGGAUGAGGACGCACGCAUGUGGAUCGUCGAGCCUGAGUUUGACGAGGAUGGGCAGCGACCGUGCGAGGUGGUCCAUCUCGACACAAUCAUGAGGCUGGCUCACCCUAUUCCUGUGUAUGGGGAGAACUUCCUGCCACGAGGGUUCAACGCGUCGGAUUCGCUUGACGCGUUCCGUGCAUACUGGAUUAAUAAAUGGAUAGAUCAUAAUGCUCACGACAUAGCCUUUUAG